UUGAAUUAAGGCGAGUGUCUGCAAGGCUGAUGAUUUAUGAACGCAAGUUAUCAGCUGUUUCCCCCUCCUCCUCCACGUCUUGCCAAGAUUUUGAUUUUUUUUGAAUGACGACGACGACGACAUUUUGUUUUUGCUUGACACACAUUUGACGUUGGCAAGGACAUUGUCUUGAGAGAUUUGCUUUUUUCUUGUUGUUGUUGUCGAGUCGCAAGUCUCCUCUCUAUUUGUGACAUUGAAGAAAACGUUCAAACAAAUGGGCAGCAACACUUUAAUUCUCAACCACGAUAUCAUCUCGUCCUCACCGUCUGCCCGUCAGUCUGCACAUGCCGCCAGCAACUCGGGUUCACGACAAUACCAGACGGCUCAACGUCUUCGACAUACCAUUGGAACAAAUAAAGUGUGGGCUUGCGACAGAUGCUACCGUCUCAAAAUCAAAUGUGAUUCUGGACGACCUUCCUGCGCUGCCUGCAAGAAACAUGACCUAGGAACGGCUUGCACGUACGGAGGAGCUGAACGAACCAACAGCUCAAGUCGACGAGGUCGGAGAUAUGACACUGCGGGCUACGUACGCAUGUUGGAGGCUCGUGUGAGAGAGGUGGAAUGUCUUCUUCAGGACAAGCGACAGCAAGGCCCAGAGAGGGUUACUCCUACUCCGUCCGAGGUUCCUACAGAAUCAUAUGCUCGUGCACAUAGCGAGCACUAUUCUGACGCCAGCCAGUACUCGGACGGCAGUGUGUCACCUCCACGAUCAGCUUCCCAGGAUCUGUUUUCAUCAGAAGUGCAACGUGACUUGGUGGAUACCUUUUUCCGAGAACUACUUCCAUUCAUGUAUUGUACACCUUUCCACGAACCCACCUUUCUCUCCAAAUUAUGUUUCGACCGACCCGAUCACUCGUACUUUUUAGUGACAGCUAUAUGUGCCAUUGCAGCACCAUAUUCUCAUAAUCCUGUAGUAAGAAGCUUUGUGUCACAAAAUGGACUACCAAACUAUCGGGCAGGCGAUGCAUACUACCGCAGAGCCCGCUCAAUAGCCAAUGAAAUCAUUAAUGAUCCCUCUUUGGAACUUAUUGUUGGGUUAAUAUGGACGGCCGCCGCGGCGACCGCUAUGGGUAGAGAUGGUGGACUCAAGUCUAGCUUAUUAAAGCAAGCGCUUCAUGCUGCAUUAGAGCUGCGGCUAAACAUAGACCCUGAUGUAGAGGACGUUCAUGGUGUGUUACCUUGGCUAGCAAAGGAAAUCCGGCGAAGAGUGUGGUGGCUGCUGUGUUCCGUUGAUGUCAUCAACUCGCUGCCUAAUGAUGACCGGCCGCCGUCAAUAGAUAACCGCGAUCAUCCCAUCACUGAACGCACGCCAUGCCUUCAAGGAUGGAGACAGACUCCACGUGCUCCCUCUCCUGAAGCCCUUUUUCAGUCAGUAGUGACAGAAAACGGCCUACCCAGGAUGAGCGCGUUUGUCCCCGGCGUUGAUUUCGACGGGGCAGAAAGCACUAUCGGUCUGACCAAAAUAUUUGGGAGAAUAAAGCAACUGCGGGGUUCCGCAUGGGAAAUGGCACAAAAGGCUACUCGACGUAGCUCGCCUGAUUCUGACAGCUACCCUAGUGUUAAUGUCAGGCGGCAGGAACGGAUUGCUGAAUUAGAGAUGGAUUUGCGUGCUUGGUUCGCGGCUUUGCCCUCUUGGGCGCAAAACAUUGACCAGGCCACGGACUUUGCGCCUUCUCCUAUGAGCACGAACCCACCUCCGUGGCAACUACUUGUUCUUCAUCUCUUUUACAACUCUGCCCACAUUGCCCUCCACCUCCCAACCAUGCUCGACGCGGCAGUUCCGCAUUCUCCAUACGCAGGCGAUACCCCCGAACACAUCCUCGUAGCCAAUGCAUAUAACAUUUGCCGCCACUACGCACACCGCUCCAGCCAGCUCCUGCGCCGAGCACAGGAACUAAAUCCUUCGGCUCGGUUUCAUGGACCUUGGUCGGCUCUCUUUGUCUUUUACUCGGCCCUCGUGCUCGUUAUCGCAUCAAAGACAUCAACGGAUAGGCAGCAUCUAGCGGAUGUCAGACGAGAUUUAGAUGCACAUUUACGUCUAUUGCGGCAUUUGGGUGAGAAAUGGUUCUCUGCGAAUCGGACGCUUAGAAUCUUGAUGUCCGUUAUUGCUGAGGGAGAGGAAGCCGACGGGGCUGUACUGGCUUCUUGGAGCGGUAAUUCAUUUGCAGUGUAGAUUUUGAGUUUUUUUUUUUUUUUUUUUGCGUGAGGCCUUUGGAUUUGAACCGACUUUUCUACUUACUCUCUUUACCGGUAGCUUACUUGUACAAAUUUUAUAAGAGACAUUCGAUUUACAGAUUGAAGGCUUACUGAACAUAAUAUGUCACUACGACAGAU